CCAGCAUCAUGAAGGCUGCCGCUGUCCUCCUUCUGGCCGCUCUGGUCGCUGCUGUUCCACGGGCUCGCCGCCAGGCGGCCCCGCUUCCCGACGGCAGCGAGCUGUUGCUGGGCCGCGCCCUGCAGUCGUCCUUCCAGUGCACGCGUGACGGCUACUACGCCGACCUGGAGACCAACUGCCAGGUGUUCCACGUGUGCCGCGGCGUGACCAAGGAGAACGGCACCGUCGAGUUCGAGCACCACGCCUUCGCCUGCGGCAACCAGACCGUCUUCAACCAGGCCUCCUUCACCUGCGCCUUCCUCGACGAGGCCAUCCCGUGCAACAGCGCCAAGGACUUCUACUACCUCAACCAGCGCCUCUUUCAGGACAAGGACACCCCCAUCCUCGGAGACGAUGACGCUCAGAAGGCCGCCGAAUUUUACCCGGCUCACGCUGCUGCCAAGGCCUAA